AUGGCAGAUCAAGAGGAUGUUCAGUUGAGCGAGGAGCAUGCUCCGCAAGAACGAGCCAUCGAUGCCUUUACCCGACUCGAAUCCAAGAUCAAGCAAGAGCUUCUCAAGAGUCGAGCUCAUUGGGACGCGCACGAACCUCGCAUGUAUUCCAAAGUGUCUGGCGUAUCGGAUGAAGAUCUGAGCAGUUUCAGCUGUAAGUCGCAGACGUCCAAGGACUUGGUAGCCGUGCGCGCAGGCGCCGUAAGCUACGGAACCAUCAUCUUUGGCAAGAUCCGACUUGCCAAAGCAGGCAACGACGCAUACAUUCACGUUCGCAUUCACGAUCCGCCGGGAGAGGAAGAACGCGAUGUGGUUUACCAUUCGUUGUAUACCAACGAAGUUCGCUCGACGCCCGAUGCGCAGCCCACCGACUACAUCGCUAUCCAAUCUCGCAGCACCCCGCUCGAUUUCUUCUCCGAGUGA